AUGGCACCAACAAUUCUCUUUGUCCCUGGCUUCUGGGAGGGCUCAACCGUCUUCAGCCCCGUCUCUUCCCUCCUAACCACCGAUGGAUUCAAGAACGAGACAGCUGUUCUCCCCAGUACUGGAACCACGUCGCCAGGUAACCCUGGAAUGAAGGAUGAUAUUGCCGCCAUCCGUAAACACCUCCAAGGCCUGGUCUCACAGGGAGAAGAUGUUGUGCUGGUAUUACAUUCAGCCGGUGGAUUCCUUGGGAGUGAGGCAAUGGAAGGCUUAACCAAAAAGGAUCGUCAAGGAGAGAACGGAGGAGUGAUUGGUAUUGUGUUUUUGUCCGGGGCUGUUUUCCCCGAGGGAUAUGAGCAUCAACCACUACCUUUUGCAGUUGUUGACGGCGGUGCCUCUCACUGUGCACAGCCCGAGACUCUUCUUUUCGCUGAUCUAUCCGACGACGAGAAAACCAAAUGGCUCGCAGAACUAAAGCCUCAGCCGGCGCAGGGCUGGGACGACAAAGUCGCAUAUGCAGGCUGGAAAGACGUCCCCAGUGUGUAUCUAGUUUGCGAGGGAGAUAAUGCAUUGCCAGUGCCUCUACAAGAGCAAUUAGCUGGCUUGGCAGGUAGCAAAGUAGAGCGAUGCAGUGCAGGCCAUAUACCGCAACUUAGUCAACCUGCAAGGGUGGUAGAAGUUAUCAAGGCUGCUUGUGUCACUUUUUAG